AUCCUGAGAGCUCGGAUGCAGGAGCCUGGGAGGAGGGCCGUGAAGGCACCACGCCGCUCAGCAGUCGGAGCACAGGCGGAAUGCGGCCGCGCAGGUUUAAGGGCGGUUAAGACGAAGCUCUCUGCCUCGAAUGCAUUUGUUUUUUCACAGACGUGCCUGGAAUACCACAGCUCCUCUGCCCUCCUCUGUUGUUCUUUCCCACAGUAAGGCUUCAGACGAGACUCUGCUCUCUCCUUAUGUUAGUGAGCUGUUGAACGUCGGGAGAGGAAACAGGCGGUGUGUGUGUGUGUGUGUGUUUGUUUUUUUGUUACCUGCCAGGAACAGACUGAUAAGAAGCAAAGGUCGUCUCAUGUCGUCAGUCAGGCCGGUCUGCGGAGAGAUUCAACUCUUUAGUGCUCAAAGUGACUUCUGUAGGAAACAUUUUAACACUUUAAACAGACUAGCUCCACAAAGAAAAGCUGUACAGAUGUGUAGCUGGUAGCACUGUGCCGUGUGUAGUUCAAUUACAGUCGGAUUUUUUGAUUGAAGCGACGAUGAACGCUCUUUUGAGGAUCGACAAGAGGAGAUGCACCUGUUUUCUUAAAGGGCCCGCACUCAAUUAUCUGCAAGGGACUAAUCAGCAGUGACGGACUGUAACCAAGUACAUUUACUCAAGUACUGCACCAGGUGUUAUGGAUCUACAGUGUUUCCUGUGCUGGAGAGUUGCCCUGCUGCUUCUCUUGUCGCCAUGUGGGCUCCAGUGUAUGUCGGUGCACAUCAUCAACAGGGAGCCCGUGCAUGUCAUCCCCGGCUCCGAUCUGGUUCUGAAAGCUCGCGUCGAGCAGGGGCCCCUGGAGAGCAUCUCCGUACUAACCUGGGAACGGGAGCUCGAAACCGGGCCCGACCCCAAGAGAGUGACACUGGCCACGUGCGUCGGCAGGAGCAUCAAGUGUGUUGGUACGAGGCCGAAUGUCUACGUGAACGUGGCCGAGAAGGAGGCGACCCUUGAGAUCAAAGCGUACAGCGACGAGGACAGCGGAGUGUACAUUCUGACCGUGAAGGAUCACAAAGGAGUCAACACCAGUGCACAGUGCAUCGUCAGGAUCUACGAGCCGGUGCACCACGUCUCAGUCAGCAUCAACGUGUCUCACUCCUCGCUGGUUUGCGGCGAGGCCUGGGGGACGGACCCCCACUUCAGCUGGCUCCACGAGCAGAUCGCCAUCACCAACACCGUGGGGACAGUCUCCAAGGACGGAACGACUCUGAUUGUGACCAAGAGUCCCUUCUGUGGCCACUUCACCUGCAUGGUCAGCAACAAACUGGGCUACAGCUCCGCCACCUACACUGCAGCACCUUGUGAGACAGGGGGGAGAGGGACAACAGCUGCCGUGGUGUGUCUCAUCUUCCUGCUGCUGUUCGGAGGAGUGCUGGCAUUUCUUCUGUGGAGGAGGCGCAGACACAGCAACAGAGGAGAGAGGCUGCAUGAGCACUUGGAUGCCAUCUGAAAAAAAACAAAAAGGUCUAAGAUACACUUGUGUUACUCAGAGGUAUCAGAGAGGAGAUCGGGGGAAACAGACCUGCACUUCCUGUCCUGUGAGCAGUAUGACCUUACACUGGAACAAUGUGAAGAGUGAACUGCUUGCCAGCAAACGAAAACAAAAAAUAUCUAAAAAUGGAUAUUCAGCUGUGAAGAGUCAGCACUGUCUUUUCACUGCCUCCUGCUGGACCACACCUGACACUGUACAAGCAUUAAUCAUUUUAUAUCACUGUGUAUUGUAUUGAAAUAUACUGUAUUGCCUUCUUAAUAAAAAUCCCAUCACAGACGGGGGAACAAAAGUGA